GUAACGUUGGCAACCGACCCAACAACCCGUAGUCGCUUCGUAAUCCCGUCAGGUGCGACAUGUCAUUCGGAUUCUGACUAGUCUACUGCCAACAACAACUACCAGGACUAUGAAGUACCACAACUCCAAGUCACAGUACUCCCUAAUGGGAUCCAGUUGUACACUUGUGGCUCUGGUGUUCGUCACGAUAGCCUUCUGCACACCGUAUUGGCUGGUUUCGGACGGUCUUAAUCCUGGACUUCGGAAGUUCCGGAGAUUAGGUCUCUGGGAGGUUUGCUUCGACCAUUUCUUCGACCAGCACUACAGAUACGAUUACGAAUUCCUUGGCUGCCGAUGGAUAUUCCACAGAGAGCUCCGUAUACUUCGACCCUUGCUCGAGCCUCCGUUCUUCAUCGCGACUCAGACGCUUUUCACAAUCGGCUUCACGCUACUCCUGCUGGCGUCGAUAUGCCUCAUGAUCGUUCACGUCUGCGUUCCAAUAGAGAUGGAGCUCCGGGUCACACAAAUAACCGCGGCCUGUCUCAUCCUAUCGGCGCUCUUCAACUCGAUAGCAGUCAUUGUAUUUGGAGCUUUGGGUGACGGGCGAGACUGGAUGCCCGACCCUGACCACAACUACCUCUCGUGGUCGUUCGUAUUGGCAGUCAUCGGCACCGUGGUCGAGUACGUGGCGGGCAUACUACUCCUCGUCGACAGCAAGCAUCUACGGAAAGAUAUCGAGGCCGACGACAGAAGUUUCCAAAUGCAACCGAGACGACAACCGACGGGACAUGACGGACCACACGUCAUCCGUGACGUUGCUGUUAAAUGAGACAGGGCAAUAACAAACCAGGAUCAU